GCUCGUGGCAGUUGUCAACAGUUUUCUUUUGGCGAGGAGUGUACCAAAACCUCCCGAAAUGACGGUCCCCAUCGAGCUGACGGAUGUGGAGAAGGAGGCGAAAGAUUAUUUCACAAACCUGUUUGGGUCGUUCUGCAAUCCCGCCCCAGAUGGCGAUACCGAGGCCAUCCUGGAAACGCACCUACCGCCCUGGUUCGACGAGGCCAAGUUCAAGCGAGGCCAGCAGUUCUACACCGACAAUCGGUUUGGCAUCUUACAGGCGAAUCUCUGCAGUUUGCUAGUGCUGCUGGCAGACCCGAAAGGCCUGCGCAUUCUGGAGCACACGGGAAAGUCGAGUACCGCGGCGACGGCUCAGAAGCGGUACGUGUCCACCUUAAUCCACAUGAACGACUGGUAUGAGUGCGAGCUGACGCCCGGCUCAAGAUCCUGGAAGUCUCUGGCGUUGGUGCGCCGGAUGCACCUCAGUGCGUCGAAAAGCGCCGUAAGGCGGAACCUCGGCAAUAUCAACCAACCCGAGAUGGCGCUCACGACGUUCGGGUUCGUGGGCUUUCCACUCGUGCGGCCACAUCUGCUUGGCGUACGCUACGACAACCGGGAGGAUCGGGAAGCCUUCGUGCACCUGUGGGCCGUACUGGGGUACAUGCUGGGCGUGGAGGACCAGUACAACAUGUGCCUGCAUCGGCUGGAAGUGGUGGAGAUGAUCUGUCACCUUGUGAUGCGAUACAUGUUCCUUCCCUCGCUGCAGCUCGAGACGCCCCUGUUCCGGCAAAUGAUCGGUGCCAUCGUGGACGCGUUUACCGACUACUUGCCGUUUAUGUCGUACGAAAGUGUAAUGUUUUUGACGUGCCGCCUAGUCGGCAUUCCUGGCUACCAGUACGCGGUCGACAUGGAGAAGGAGCGCCUCUGCCGGCCGAUCCUUUCGAUGGACGAGUUAGAUGUGGUGCUGGGGUUCAUGGAGCAGAAGGAUGGCUACCGGCAGGUGUUCGAAAUGUACCGGGCCAUUUUCUCCGACAAGAUACGGCUGUACAACGUGAAGGAACUGAACAGCCCGCUGGUGGACGAUAUUAACCAGAACUGUCUACUAUCGCUGGACGGUACGUACCGGAAGCUCGCAACGGAACCGGACGGUGGCGAAUUCAACGACGAGGCACACUUGCGGAUGGACAGUUCGAAACAGCAUCUCCAGGAGUUGCUGGGUCUGAAGCACAACCAGGAGCUGGUGGUAACGCAGGUUGAGGACGAAGGCGAGUGGAACAUGUACCUGAACGAUGACAUGCUGAAGCUCCUUUCGGCUAAGGGUCAAAUGAACGUAAAGUUUACGGUCCAAUCGCUCAACUGGUGCUACAGUACGAUAGGACACUACACGAACGAGAUGGCCCUUUCGUUUAUUCUGUAUCGAAUCAAACGAUUGCAUGGAAAGUGAAGGCGUUUUGGUGGGGCGACAUUUUCGUGUGCAAUUCACGGGAACAAGAUAUCACUCAACGGACAGGGAAUCGAAAGCAAUAUUUAAGAUUGAGUAAAAAUAGCUAGGCUAUUUGAGACACGCAUAU